AUCAUUUUCUGCAGUCUGUUCCCAAUAUCACUAUUUUAUUGAUUUUAUUUUUUUCACUAUUGCCCCCUUCUUUCUCACCAUUCUAACAAACUCUUCUCACACUGCAAAUUCUGAGAGAAACUCAACUCCCGAUUCCACUGCUAAAUAUAUAUUCUUCUUUUUCUUCCCCAUCCCUCUGUACCCUUCUGCUAAUUUUCUCAGUUUUUUCAGUUACCCUUUAAAUACUUGUCCAUCUUUUUUCCUUUACACCUCACUCUCACCAUUUUCACUUCACCUUUUCCUUCAGCAAGCUGAAACAACCCAUUAAUGGACACUGUGGAGCAGUUAAAGCUGGAGGAGGAGGAGGAGCAGCAGCAGCAGAUGGACAUCACGACCAUGAUGAUGCAACACCUCCCUCAAUUCUCUGAACCCUAUUGUGACACCGACACCAUGGAUGGUUUUCAUCCCCAAGAAGACUUCUACAGUAACAACAACAAUAUACGCAGUGGUAGCACCAUGCCACUAGCAGAUUUACUAGAUAAUAACCCUCCCAGCCACUUACCUUGGUCCUCUUACUCAUUCACGCACUUAAUACCAUCACCCACAUCCUCCGCUAUAAUCUCUUUCUCCGACAACAGCAACAACCCUACCCCAAUAAUGCUUCAACAAACCCCAACCGAGGGUGCAACUGCAACUGCAACUGCAAACCCUUACGGUGAGAAGCGGAGCUCCAUGGCGGCGAUGAGGGAGAUGAUAUUCAGGAUGGCGGCGAUGCAGCCGAUACACAUAGACCCGGAGUCGGUGAAGGCGCCGAAGCGGAGGAACGUGAAGAUUUCGAAGGACCCUCAGAGUGUGGCAGCGCGGCACCGCAGAGAGAGGAUCAGCGAGAGGAUAAGGAUCCUGCAGAGACUGGUCCCUGGAGGAACCAAGAUGGACACCGCGUCGAUGUUGGAUGAGGCAAUUCACUACGUCAAAUUUCUGAAAACGCAGGUUGGGGGAGAGGGAGCAAUGUGCAAGAUGAAUGCAGAAAGAAAUGAUGGUGGUGGUGCUUGGAACAUCUGUACGGCCAUAAUGGGAGGGUUUCCGAGGCUUGGAAAAGUUGAAGACGACAAAGUGUACACGGUGUAAAAGAGGAUGAUGCGAGCUGUAAGGUGUAGUUGUGUUAGUGCACUAUAACUUAGCUGCUGAUGCUGCUAUGUAUCAUCAUCAAUAAUAUACACAGCCAAAUCUGGU